CAAAAUCCAGAUCGAAACGAACGCUUCAAGAGAAAACAUCUAUCGCUGCUUAAAACGGUUAUACAUUCUGAUUUGAUACAAAAAAUUUAAAAAUUAUCUUAAAUUUGAAUGAGAUUUGCUUUGUAAAACAAAAGGUUAUACAAUAAAGUGAUGGAAGAACAUCUUACCUUUUCCGAUGGCUUGGAGGAGAAGCCAAGAUGCUCUGAUAAGUCCCUGUCUCUUGACGAAAGAAACCAGGAUACCAGUACUCUAAUCAAAUACUCAUAUUCGGACAGAAGAUCUGCUGGAAAUAUACUCCGGCGUCAUGAGGCUUCGGAUAUCUCAAUCCCCACGACUGAAUGGUUAAAGAAGGUGGUGUGGGCCAGAAAGGUUCUGCCCGAUUUUUAUUCUACAAAACAUAAGUCUGAGUCCAAGAGACAGAGUGCCAAAGAGUGUGCAGAACCUUCAGCCAAGCGGUCGAGGAUGCAAGCUGGCAAAUCCUUUGCAGAAAUGGCCAAAGAAAAAAAAUUGAUCGGGGUCCUGGAUCAGGGGCACUCCGAAGGAAAAAUUUUACACAGCAAUUGGAAAUGGGUGGAGGCAGCCCUGGCUAGAAUUUGCAUGGGGAUGAUUGAGCGCGAUCCUGGUUCAAUCCCGGCUUGCAAGGACGUUGGCUGGUAUCAGGGAAACAUAAAAAUAAUUGCGUGUGACGAUCAGCGGUCUGUUGACCUUUACAAGUCCGCCGUCCUAAAGGUUGGGGAAGUCUAUCCUGGAGCCAGACUCAUCGCUGUCGAUUGGAGUGAGAUACCAAGGAGGCCUCGGGCACGUUUCUGGACCCCUGCCAGCAUCCGGGAACCGAAACAGAUUCUCAAGAUGCUGCAGUGCUGUAAUCCCGACAUACCCACCCAGGACUGGCAGGUGCUUAAAGUGGAUGAGAUGGAGGGACCCACCAACCAGGCUGUCAUACUCUUGAAUAAAGACUCUUUGGCCCCCAUUGAAGCCUCAAAGGGUAAGCUUAAUUUUGGUUUCAGCACCGUACACGUAAAGGUCUACAAGUCCGAUACAGCCCAAGGAUCAGUUUCGAUGGGAUCCGAGAAUCUUGAGGUUUCAGGCGAAGAUGGCUACUUGACGGAUACGUCAAUUUUGCGACGGGGAAUGGAGUCCUUAUGCACAGGGGCAGACCUAUCUGACGAGUCGGAUUUGGAUGCAAUAAACCUUUACUAAUCUAGCAAUGAUUUAUAAAAAUGUUACUUAUAAGACAAAGUAUACAGUUUUAUAAAUAAAAUUAAAUAUGUUCCGAUAAGAGG